AGGAGCAGAGGCUUCCAAGCAGAGCAGUACCUGCCUCCACCCUCUCCUCCGCCUGCAGCACACCGAGCAGGACAGCCUCCAAAACAGCCGGCCAGCCAGCCAGCCAGCCGGCCCGGCCUGCCUCUCUCCCUCUCACUCUCCUCCAUCUCCCUCUCCCUCUCUCUCUCUCUCUCUCUCUCUCGCUCCAACUCCGUCUCGCCCAGCUGUUGUGCUCAGGCUGCAGUCAUGACCGACAUCAAGCUGGCCCUGCUGGGAAGCAGAGGAGCAGGAAAAUCAGCAGUUCUGGUGCGGUUCUUGACAAAGCGUUUCAUCGGGGAGUACGCGUCCAACAGCAACUCCCUAUACCGUAAAAGGCUCUCCAUUGAUGGGAGGCAGUUGAACUUGGAAGUCUUUGAUCCGUGUUCACAGACCGGUGAGAGCAGGUGCAUCCUGGAGGAGCCGCUGGAGUGGGCCGACGGCUUCGUAGUGGUGUACAACAUCAGCGACCGCACGUCCUUCCUCAACGCCAAAAACAUCCUGCGCCAGAUCAAAGAGACUCGUGGAGGGGAGACCUGUAAGGGGGAGGUGGACAUUCCCAUCUGUCUGGUGGGGAACAAGCAGGACCUGUGCCACAGCCGGCAGGUGCCCGAGGAGGAGGCGCGGGCCACGGCCCUGGAGCACAAGUGCCACUUCCAGGAGGUGUCGGCGGCCGAGGACUACGUGGAGAUCGCCAACCUCUUCACCAAGCUGAUGCGCCACGUGAUGGAGCACCUGAAGUACCGGGCCGACCGCCGACGCUACAGCGGCUCCAAGUCCAUGGCCAAGCUCAUCAACAACGUCUUUGGCAAGAGGAGGAAGUCUGUCUGAGAGCGCCCGGCCUUCGCUGCCAGGGAAGCGGACAGGCUCAAUCAAGUGCCUGACUAUUAACCAUGUAAAAAAAAAAAAAAAAAAAAAACAAGAGCUGUGUUGUCUCUCAUGCAUUCAAUAAGUGUCAUAUUUCGGGUCACAUUUGGAGUGUCCCCUCCUGUGGGCGUAGCCAUAGCAGCUCAACUCUCUGUCUUACGAGAGAAGUGUCAUUUCCUGUAGUUUUCGUGUUCAUCUCGACUGUUACAUGGAUAGGUUUGUCUAUGCAUAUAGUAGCAUAAAGAGUCUAACAGCUGGCAUAUGGACUGCAUAAUACAGUAAUCAAGACAUCAAGAAGAAUUUUGCAAGUGCUCCGUGAGAAAAUGUUAUUACUUUCCAUGAGUGAAGUGCCAGACAGCAUAAUGUGUAUGAAAAAGGGGCAAAGGGAGUGAUAUGUUUGGAACUGUGUGUUACACAAUGUAAUAUGAUUUUAAGUGUUACACACUGAAAUGCUUUCAUGUAUAUACUAUAUACUUCUUUUUUAAUUUUGAACUUUUCUCUUUUCUACCAAGCAUUAGUUAGAAAUGUUCUCUUGGGCGGUUCUGCUGCUUUCUGUUGGAAAAAGUGACCCAUGUGCUGGACUUUGCUUGUAGGAAUGCACAAUGUUUGAGUGACCUCCGUCUUAUAGGGAGCAGUAAUGAGGUGAGAAUUAUGGGUAAAUUACCCCUGAACAACAGAGCAUGGCACAGGACUUCAAAUAAAUCCCAAUUGGAUCUCUGGUGUGGCAUAUUUAAAACAGACUGCUUUUAAUCUUAUGUUGUAACGACGGGUAAAAUUGCUUUCUGUGGAGGAAAAAAGAACAAAAGAACAAGAGCAGUUAAAGCUAUUUCUGACAUAGACGGAAUGGUAUGUGCUUGGCAUUUUUAUUGCAUGCAGAUAUCUAAUGGUGGUGAUGUGCACAGCAUUUGCUGAAUGUAACAUAAUUAGAAGUAGCAUAGACUUGACUUUUGCUGUCUAACAGCAUAAAUUUACUGAGAUGGACCAAAUAUUGCCAACCAUUACCAGGUACUUCAGUUUCACAUAUUUGGAAAUUCAGCCCCAAUAUGUCAGGACUAAACGGUUCAAUUUCAUCUUUGAGGAUCUGGAGCUUGAUCAGUUCAAUCCAGGGUAACAGACUGUGGCAAAAGCACCCUAGCCAUGCAGUACCAUUUAGUGGAAAUUGCAUUCGAGCAAAAGAAUGUUGGAUCCCACUGUAAUCAAGUAUCUGUUGUACAAUGUAAUUUAGAUGUGAACUUAAAACUAUGUUACUAACCAUAAUCCCCUACAAAUAACAUAUUGUAAGAACAUGUAAUUAUGCACAAAGCACAUUGGAAUUAUUCAUUAAGAUGCACAUUAAUAGUAGGUUACCUCAGGAUGCUUAUUAUACAAUGGGGUGCAUUUCUUAUCGUGUCACUGGACAAUUUUUGAAUAUGCUGAGUGUGUAUGUAUGUUUCAAUCAUACCAUUAUACAGA